AUGCGACUUCCCCAGGUGCGAGCCCGCUUUGAGAAAGUUCUGGAGGAGGUGACCCUCUACACCCCUCACCACAUGGAGGAGAUGAAGUCUAUCUUUGACCAGGAGGAGGAGGUGAAGAGGAUCAGCAAUGAUCCACAGUGGAUGUCACCAACAAUGAGAGGUAGGCUGCACCUGCAGUCAGACUGUUACUAGGAGGGUGUGUGUGGAUGUGGGUGGUCUUUCUUAAUCUCAUCUCUCACUGAUCAUUCUGUCAUGCUCUGAUCUCUCAUUCCCCCUCUCUAUUUUUCUCUCGCCCCAUUUUUCCCUCUCUCAUUCUCUCUCCCAGUGUGAAGGCUGUGUGUAAUGAGCUCCACAACACUCUCAUGGCCAUCAAUGAGCAGGACAAACUGUGCUGGUGGAAGAACACCCACAGAACGGGCAUGCCCACAGUUCCAGGUGCAACACACCAACACACACACACAGUCUAGUACAGCUAACCUUGUGGGGACACACAAUUCAGUCCCAUUCAAAAUCCUAUUUUCCCUAACCCCUAACCCUAACCUGUACUCUUACCCUAACCUUAACCCAAAAACCUAACCCUAAACCUAACCGUAGCUCAUAACCCUAACCCUAAAACUAACCCUAGCUCCUAACCCUAACCCUUAACGUAAUUCUAACCCUAACACUAAUUAUAACCUUAACCCUAAACCCCCUAGAAAUACCAUUUGACCUCAUUUGUCCUCAGUUGGUCAGAUUUUUGUUUGUUUACUAUUCUUGUGGGGACUUCUGGUCUAUGACUAGGGUGGCUGUAGUCUUUGAUAAUUUUUAGGGCCUUCCUCUGACACCGCCUGGUAUAGAGGUCCUGGAUGGCAGGAAACUUGGCCCCAGUGAUGUACUGGGCCGUACGCACCACCCUCUAUAGUGCCUUGCGGUCGGAGGCCGAGCAGUUGCCAUACCAAGCGGUGAUGCAACCAGUCAGGAUGCUCUCGAUGGUGCAGCUCUAUAACUUUUUGAGGAUCUGAGGAGCCAUGCCAAAUCUUUUCAAUCUCCUGCGGAGGAAUAGGCUUUGGGAGCUGGGAGCAUAGAGCUGUAGCGGUGGGAUAGAGAAGAUGGCAACACACCAAAGCACACCAAAGACGGCAUUAACAAUAAAUAAUAAGAUAUAAUAAGUAAUAAGAUAUAGACAGACUAUUUCAUGCCAUAGCCUGCUGAAUUUGCAAGAUAACUUUUUGUUCAUUUUGAUUUCGGCACAAAUGAAAAUGUGGCACUGACUCACCCAUGGAUUGAUGUUGCAGCAUUGUCUCAAUGAAGAGUUUGGCGUUAGACUAGCCAUGUGCGACGUGCACACACUGUUACAAGCCUGCUAGAGUUGGCGGCAGGCGGGCGGACGAGCAAUAUCCACCAUCGUAGUACGGAUAAAACAUGAGCUGUAAUGUGAAGCUAACUGAAGCUGGCUAGCUUUAUAAAAGCCUGAGUAGAUCUAGCUUGCUUCAUAGUAUACCACUCUGGUGACCGACACAGCGAGACACACACUGACACACACUAACCACCAUUCCCUUGCAUCUCUCUCUGUUAGUCUAAUGGCUGGGAUGCCAGAGAUGUUCAACUAAGAAACUCCACCUAUGGCUUCCUCUCCAUGUACACUUGA